AUGCUAGGUGGACUAGCAAUGAGACUCAUAAAGCUCGCCAAAGAAUGUGAGAGAGCAGUGUAUAACAGAGAUAAAAUGCAGAAUGGGAAUUAUAGAGGAAAACAAAAGAAUUUGGUGGCGGGAUAUAUGCAGAACAUAAUGCAAUUCGAAAGCUCUUACCAUACAAACACGAGAAAAAGGAAAGCAUCUGUAGCAUUUAAUGAUGAGUUUGACUACCUCUAUGGAAUUGUGACCACAG